GCCAUAGCCAAGUUGUGUUAGUUCUAGGUGUAUCCUAACCAGCCGCCAUCCGAGCUUCCCGCUUCCCUUUUCGCAGUUCCGCGUCACGCCUCCCGCUCCCGCUGCUCCCCGCCGCGCUUUCCGCCCGGCUUUGCUUCCCGAUUCCCGCGUCCCGCUUUCCGCUUUCCUCUGCUUCCCGCUUCCCGCUGUUUCCCGCUUCCCCUCCCCCCGGCCCGCUGCUCGCUUGCCUCUUCCGCUCCCCGCUUCCCACUGCGUCUCGCUUCGUGCUCGCCGCUUCCCGCUGCGUCUCGAGUCACGCUGCUUCCCGCCGCUCCCCGCUGCGUCGCGCGCUCCAAGCAACCCGCUGGUUCUCGCUUUCCGCAGCUUCCCAGCGCCUCUUCCCGCCACCUGCGCCCCCCCACCCGCGACGCGCCCCCGCUCCCGCUCACCGCUGCUUCCCGCCUCCCGCUGCUCCUGCUUCCAGCCGCUUCCCGCGGCUUCUCCCUCCCUGCUGCUUCUCGCUACCCGCUUCCUCCCUCACUCCCCUGCUUCCCGCUUCCCGCUGCUUGCGUCGUUCGUGAGACGUGCAGCAGGGAGGGGGGGGGGGAGGAGAAACGUCCUCUCAAGAAGGAAAUGAGGCGUGGCGGCAGCCUUGCGUCCUAGCGAGGCGUGUUCAACGUUGGCUGGCGGUAGUGGCGCCUCCCGCGGGAGUGAGUUCUCAUGCGCUUCUGCCCGGGCUUGUAUCCGGCACUUUCUCUUGCCAGUCAACUGGUUCCGUUUCGACCUGCUUCUGGAGGGUAGGCUACUUGUGCUACUGGGCCGCUGCGGCACGGGGCCGUUAAGAAUGGCGGGGGGGUCUGGUGACAGCAAAGGCGCGGUGUUCCUCGAAUCAGAGAUCGAGUUCAUAGCGGAGAACGAGCCGGUGUCCAUCGUGCCCAACUUCCGAUCCGACGCGCUGCACCUUCACGCCGGCGACAUUGGGCCGUUCAGGCCGCAGAUUCCCCUGCAGGUGCCACUGUGGCUGGCCAUCGCUCUCAAGAAGCGCGCCAAGUGCUCCAUCCAGCCGCCUCCCUGGCUUGCAGCAGAUCGAUUGACAGAAAUUUUGGAGGCGGAGAGGGAGAACGAGGGCUUCCAGCCAAUGCCAUUUCAUUUCAUUGAGAUGUCGCAACUGCUCUUCUCAGCAGAGAAACACGGUGUUGACAUCCCAGACACUUACAAGCUGCGUGCACUGCUGCAGGACAUUCGAGACGUGCGCUUCAAUAAGAUCCACCAGGGCCUCAAGAAACUCGGAUCUGCCACCAACGCUGUCAAGCUUGUGAAUCUGAGUGCGAUGGAGGCCAACCUGGUGAGGCCCUUCUUCUGCACGGCGCUCAAGGAGGUGAUGAGGCGGGAGGCAGCAGCGCUGGCACAGCAGGAGGAGACACAGGGGCAGGGCCAACAGGCAGGGCAGAGCCAGGGAGGCGAAGAGUCAUAGCCGUGGAUCGCUUGCUGCGUGAGCAUCAGUCGAUGUGAAGCAAUCAGUGCCAUCACUGCAGCCAGGCGAGGUUGCUGCCUUUGAUCAUGACAUGAGCACCUCAACGGGUAAUUGCAGGUCCCACGCUGAAAUGGUCAGUUCAGUGGUUUGUUUUGGGUUGGUUGGCAUGUUCACAUCUCUAAGCGUUUCUCUAACAAUCAGCAUCAGGCAGAAACGUCUUGCCAUUUGUGUGGGACAGAAAGCCAUGGGUUGCCUUUGUAGUAGUAAGAACCUGCCAUAUCAAACGCAUAUACAUGAAUAUUUUUUUUGUAACAAAAAAUUUACAGAUUG